GUAUUAUUUUUAUGAUGACAUGAUGACAAGCGAUGUGACAGCAAGUCUGGUCUGGCAUCGGCAUCCAACCUCUAGAAAAGCUGGCUUAAAUACAACAAGCUGCUAGAGUGAAUUAAAAAAAGGUGUUCAAGAAGAGGCAAAUUAAUAGAGUAUGGAUUUGACAAUUAAAGAUCUACAAAAAGUGUACGAGAAACUGAUAACAGCAAGCCCAAAGUGGUUCAAUCUGGGAUUGGCACUAGGUCUAAGUGAUCACGAUCUCAUCAACAUAAAGAUCAAAAAUCAUGAAGAUAAUGACCCCUGCCUGCGCGAUAUGUUGACUGAACUCCUACAUACCCAGCAUGUAACAUGGGCCCUCCUGUCAGACGGUCUCAGAGCAAAUACAGUAAAGUUAAUUAAUUUGGCUGAGACUGUUGCAGAUUGUGCCAGUGAAAAGGUGGCAGUGACUUCUGUAGUAAGUGUUUGUGAGGGUGAACCAGCUGCAACGAGUCAAAGAGAUUAUGAAGAAGAAGUGCGGCCCGGGAUCGCAGGUGAAGCUCUGGCAUCUGUUUGUGAAUUACCGCAAAAUGUUAGUAAGGAAAAGUUGGAGCAGAAGUCAUAUGAUAUGGAGAAAAAGUUUAACUUAUUGGUGAUACGAUUGCGAAAGUCUUUGAAAGAACAAAAAAGAGAUCCUGUAGAAAUCACUGGCUGCCUUUUAGGGAUUAACUGCAUGAAACAAGUCUAUGGUGGAGAAAAUCAGUGUAUGUUUCGUAAAAAGCGAAGACAAUUGGAGGAAUGCUCAACCAUUGAUGAGAUAUGGCGUAUACUUCGAGACUACUUUUCCUUCUUUAACUUUGACAUAAUUGAACUUAUUGCUAGUGAACUUGGAACUAAAGAUGACCAAGGACAUAUGGACAAAUACAAGGAGGAUUUCAGAGACUACCUUAAAUGCCGUGUUUUCCCACUAAAUAUUCUUCACUCUAUUUCUCCCAGAGAUGACAGUAAAGAAUUAGUGUUGAAGCUUGACUGUUCUUUCGAUGAUUGUGAUCUUGCCCACCUUGAAGGUCUCAGACUACGUGUUGCAGAAAUACUGAACCUUGAAUCACAUAUUAUCCACCUCUCUGAAAUAAAGCGAGGGUGUAUUCAACUUGUGUUCGUUAUACCAGAGUUUGUCUUCAUUUCACCACUUACUGCUGAUGACAAAUGUAAAUUACAGCAAUUGAAAGUAACCAGAUUGGAUUGUGGCACUUUUCACUUUGAAUUUCACGAAACAGAAACUCGAAGCCAAAGAAAUGCCCCCCCUGGUAAGAUGGACCUGGGUGGUGGAGGGGGAGGAAGUAAAAAAAAGAAGCAACCUCCUCGUCGCCGCGUUGGCAAGACUCCUGUCACUCCUGUCACCCCUCUCGUUACGACCCCACUCACCACACCCACACCCACUUCUCAAUCACACAAAGUCAUCCCCAACAUUCCAGCAAGUAUCAAACUAGAAGAACUCACAAUUCAAGAAGAGAAAUACUCCUUCAAGGCUGAAGAUUUGGAGUACCAGGGUCACCUUGGAGAUGGGGCCUUUGGUACUGUCACCAAGAUGCUCUACCCUCCUACCCAAACUACCAUGGCUGUCAAGAAAAUCCCGAUGAGAGACCUCCAUGCCACUGAGAGUAUUGUAGAGCUGGCCAUGAUGAUGAAGCACGGGGCGUGUCCUUUCAUCGUUGAGUUCUAUGGCUGCCUCAUCAGAGAUGGAGAUGUGUGGAUCUGUAUGGAGCUACUGGAUGCUAGCAUGGACAAGAUAUCAAAGAGAGUGGACGUCCUCAAACAGAGCAUUCCAGAGGAGAUUAUUGGCAAGAUGACCGUGGCUGUCAUCAAAGCACUCCACUACCUCAAGGAAGAGCUGCUCAUCAUACACAGAGAUGUGAAGCCGUCCAACAUCCUUGUGAGCAGGAAGUGUGAGUUCAAGCUGUGUGACUUUGGUAUCUCUGGGCGACUUGUCAACUCUCUUGCCAAGACUAUAGAAGUGGGCUGUCAUCCCUACAUGGCUCCUGAGAGUAUUGACCCUAAGAGAGCAGAGCACGGGUACACCAUCCAGUCUGACGUGUGGAGCUUUGGGAUCACACUGUUGGAAUUGGCACUGGGCAAGUUCCCCUACAGUAAGUCGGCCACUAUCUUUGAGAAGCUGAAUGCUGUGGUGAACGGACCUCCCCCAAAACUGCCCAGUGAUGGACAAUACUCUGCUGAUCUCCUCGAGUUCUCUGCUGCCUGUUUAAGGAAGGACCACCUCCAGAGGCCCGACUACAAGCAACUUCAGGAGUUGGUGUUCUUCAAGAAGUACUCCACUGCAAAUGUGGACACGCUGACGUGGUACAACUCCAUUAGAGAAUCUUAAUUGAAUGAUAAUUAUUUUUCUGGACAGAAAUUUCCAAAAUUUAAUUAGCUCUAAUUUGCAUCUGUAUAAUUUAUGCUCACUUGUCUAAGCUGCUCUAUAAGAAGUCCACUUGUGUAUAAUUAUUGCUUCUGUCUUAGGAAAAUUAAAGUAGCUUUUAAUAUAUAAUUAGUAUUUGCACAUAUCCCUAAUUCCUGUACGUGUGCCAAAUAAUAUUAACUAUUCACUUGUUAGUCAAUUAAACAA